UUCUGUGUUUCUAUGUCUGUUUCUGUUUCCGUAUCGGUUUCGGUUUUGGUUCUGCUCCCUGAUCUAGUGGCUAGUGGAUAGUGGUUAUAUCGUGGCUUAGGUGCAAUGAGCCACCAGCAGUUCCAACACCACCAUCAUCAGCAUCAUCACAUCCAUCAGGUGCAAUCGGAAUCGCAGUUGGAGCAACGCAGCUCCGAGUUGGAGCCAAAUCGCAGUAGGAACACGGAUCGCAUUGGAUCCUCCAUGGAUUUUCGAAACCUAUGCCAGCGCAUCGAUGUGGACAGUUUGAAAGCCAAAUUGCCCCAACUGAAGUUGCCCAAAUCGCUGCCCAAGCUGCGAGGUCGCAAGAUAUUCCGCAGCUCCAAGAGCGGCUCCACUGCAGCGGGAGGAACAGCAGACAGGGGAUCCUCGAAAGAUGGCCCAGCAGGAGCAGUGCAGCAGUCGCACCUCCAGGUGGCGGGCCAGUCGCAGCAGUUCAUCAACAGAACGCCGCAGCGGAUCUCCACCAUCAGUUCGCUGAUGUACGAGGGUGAACAGGAGGAGAUCCGUGCAAAUCUGGGACGAUCGCAGACGGGAACAUACCGCAGUGCUGGUAGUCUGGAUGACGACUACUAUGCGCCAGGCAGCGGGGAACGCGCCUCGCGACCCAUUAGUCCCAUCAAAAUGCCAGUUGCUGGCGUGGAUGGCAGCUCGUCGCCCAGUGGGAAUGUACGCAGCACGUUGACGCAGCGCCUGCAGAGGGGCUACAAGAGUCUCAGCGAGCUGAGGAUCAAGCACAUCUUUGCGAAGCAAACGACGGUGCGCAGGGACAACAUCGAGGUGGAUCGCUAUGUGGAGCAGUAUGAGCGGGAGUUGAAGUCGGAGAAGCUGGCCAGGGAGCGCAGGGAUCGCGAGAUAGCCGAGAACUAUGACAUCAAGAUCAAGACCUUGGCGGGCACGCGGCAGAACACCUUCGACGACGACGAUGUGGAGCACGAGCAGUUCGAGAGGGGCAAGAUGAGCCACGAGACGGAUGAGAGCGGCAUGGAGGCGACGCCACCAUUACCCAGUCGCCGCAAGCCCGGUAUAGCUGCCACCCGAUUCGCCAAGGUCCGGAAGCCACCACUGGAAAUGGAGGAGCAGCAGCAGCAGCAGGCAGCCGGCGAUGGGGAGGCGGUGGAGGAAUCUCCGCGUGCUAAUCCACCUCCACCACGUCCCAGUAGCUACAAGCAAUUGCUCAGCAAGCUGCCCCAUCUGCCCAGUCUGCCCAAUCUUUCCCAGUUUUCCCGGAGCAAAGAGGAGACCACAAAGACAGGGGAAAAUGCUGACGAGAAUACUGCCAGCAGCAGCAAGCUGAGCAUAAGGCAGAACAUCAAGAGACUUAGGAAGUCCAUCAAACGACCGAGCAAGAUUAGGCCCAAGGCCGCAGCUUCAGACUCCGACGAAGAGGAUCAGGGCGAGGAGGCGGCGGCGGCGGCGGAGGUUCAGAAGGCCAAAGAUGCACCAGCCAGAAGCUCCACUGCAAAUCUGCGCGCUCGUCUCAGUCGCUUCGCGUCCACGGAGCAGCUGCAGCAGCGCUGGCGUAAAAGCUUCAAGGGCGCCAAGGAGCCCAAAGAGCUGGAAACCAAAGCGGAAGGUACUGGUGCUACUGGUGCUGCAGCUGCUGGUGCAGCGGGAGUUCUGGGCGGGCUGCUCGUGGGCAGCCAGCUGGAGAAGACGCUGGCCAAACUGAACGAGAAGGUGCACCAGCUCAAGUUUUUUCAGCGCAACGCCAGCAAUCCAAACGCGACAACGCCCCAGCAGCCGAAACCCAAUACAGUGGGUCACGAACCGGUCGAGAUCGAUGAUGACGAGCUGGAGGCCACCUACCAUCGCAGCGAUAGCCUCGAGGAUGAGGAUGAGAACGGCAACAACGAUGACAGCGGCGAGGAUAUAUCCGCUGAGGAGGCGUUUGGCCAGAUCCAGGAGGAGCAGGAGGAGGACGAGGAGGAUCACAGUCCUCAGGCGAAGCGGGGCCACCCAUCCGUAUCGGGAGUUGCGACCGCCCACGCUGCUCGCCAGAUGGCGAAGCUGGCUGAGAUUCAGGCAGCGUCGAAGAGCGGAGCGGCUGCCUGGAGCAGCGAGUCGCUGGAGGAGAUCGCCGACGAGGACUACCCCAGGGUGCUCAUCCACCAGGACCACUCCGAUGCCUACGAAUCCACGCUGAUCAUAGCGGUGGCAUCCAAGGGCAGCUCCUUGUCCCCGGGCAUCCGAAGUUCCGCACUUAAAAGUUCUCCAGCAGCUGGUGCGAAAACCUCGCCCCAUCCGGAGAUCAGAAUUUCAGCCUCUGGACCCCAACGCUUGUCCUACUCUCCGGGCAAUCCCAGUGCCCCAGAGCCACUGACCAAGAGAUCUCCAACGCCGGAAUUCAAAACUCCUGCUGGGGGCGCCAAAAUCACGCCAUCGGAGGCCAGUGUGUGGUUGCCCAACGAGCACAUCAUCGCCGGCUUCAAGGAGCAGACAUCCUGGCCAGCUCCAGCCUUGUACAAGCCCAAGAGCAUCGACAUAUUCGAGGCGUCGGCCGGAGGAUCAGCGGCCUUUGCCGAUUUCGAUGAGGCCCUGCGAAAUGCACCCGUCUUGAGGAUCAGUGCUGGCAGUAGCAUCGAUACCAGUGGCGAGGAGGCGGACGACAGUAGUUCGCGGGUCACACGGAUACGGGUGCAGAGUCCACAGAUCGGGAACAGCAGGGAGAGCCUGAUGGCGCAGGAGGAGGACGACGAAGAGGCGGACCGAGACUCGGAGGAGGAGCAGGCGCAGAAGGAGGAGGAGGCGGAGGAUGAGGAGAGAGAUGCCUCGGAGCGUCCACCAUCGGAAUCGCCGCCACCGCCGCCACUUCCACAGCGACGUCCGCCUCCGAAACGCCCUGCCACGCCUCCCAUUUACGAUGCAGUGCCGCCGCCGCUGCCCGUCACCAGACCACCGCCGCCUCCGCCGGUCGAAGCCGUUCCAUCGGUGGCGGCACCGCUGCCCUCACCGGUUCCCGUCAGCCGGGGAAUGCCGCAGAGGAGCGCCUCCAUGUCGAGACCGGCCAAGCCGCUGGUCAAGACCAGCUCCCUGCGCCUCACCUACAACGAACAAGUGCGACCCGGCGAUGUGGGCAAGGUCAAUAAGCUGAUAUCCCGCUUCGAGGGCGGCCGACCACGCCUUUGCCCCCGCCGGAUGCACAGCGAGGAGUACGAGCGCAGUGGCCAGGCCGAGGAUGAGGAACCGGAAAUGGAGCAGAUCCUGGAGCUGCAGAUAAGCGAGAGACGAGUCGUCGACUCGGUGACACCCACGAACCGAGCUGUGGUCAUACCCCAAAUAACCGUCAAUAACAACAAUGAGCGGCCAUCGGAUGCAUCCGAUCUCCGGCAGGAGAUCGCCGACAGCAGGCGGAGGAAGAAGUCCGUGGAACUGGCUCUGGAUCGACAGAACUCCAAUUGCAGCAGAUCCGAGUACGGCUCGCCACUAUCCUUCCCCAGCAGCCGGCGCAGCUCCACGCCCACCAACUCGAGUCCCAAUCCCAAUCCGAAUCCGAGUUCGAAUCCCAGCAGCAAUCCCACCAAUCCCAACCAGAAUCCCACGCUAAGCCUGCAGCAUCAGCGACGUAGCCGACGAUCCAUGACCCGCGAUGAUGACAACUUCUAUAGCUUCGAUAGCGACGAAGAGAACAGCUACUACUCCAUAAGUCCCUCGGGCAGCAGUCGCUAUGUGGUGGAGAUCUGAGCGACUAGGAUUACGCAUAGAGCUUAAGGAUCUGCGAACUUUAGUGCUUCUAACACAAAUAUAGACCAAAACGUAUAACUUCAAAUUCUACAUAAUUAUAAUGUUUUUUUUAUAGUUUCAAAAUCGUAGUUGCAGCAAACAAAUUUGAAAUUCGAAAACUAA